AUCCAAAGAUCUCAUGAAUUUAUGUAUCUACUUCAGGGUGUAUUGCCAAGAGAAGCAAGAGGAGAGGAAGGAAUUACCUCGGAUCAUUACAGGUCCACCUCCAGUGGCAGCUGUAGUGGCCUUUGAGUGGCUGAAGACCAGCACCCUCACAGGCCUACAUCCACAACUACCACUCUCUUUACGGCAGCCCGAGUACGCUCUACCAUACCUUGUUUGUGCCUUCAGCAAGGGUGAUUACAUGGGCCGCAUUCAGGAAGUGGGCUGGGUGACUGCAGGACUGGUGAUCUGGGCUGGCACCUGCUACUAUAUUUACAAAUUAACCAAAGGAAGAGCCCAGAGUGUGAGAACACAUGCCAGAAAUGAAUCCACAGUUAAGAUGGAAACUGUGGUUGAGGUACAGAACCAGACCUUGGCCAUAGGUGAAGCAGAGAUUGAGACUAAAUCCCAGGCUGAGAUUGAAGCAGAAACUGGAGCAGGAGGUGGGCCUGGGGCUGAAGUAGAGACCAAGGCCACUGCUAUAGCCAGACACAAAGCCAACUCUCAGGCCAAGGCAAUGAUUGGGGCAGAGGCAGAGACUCAAUCUGAGUCCAAAGUGGUGGCUGGAUCACUGGUCAUGACAGAGGCAGUGACUCUGACUGAGGCCAAGGCCAAAGCCAGGGAAGUGGCCAUGAAAGAAGCAGUGACCCAAACUGAUGCUGAGGCUGGCAAAAUAGUUAAGAAAGAAGCAGUGACACAGACCAAGGCUAAAGCUUGGGCAUCGGUUGCCAAGACAGAGGCCAAGAGAGAAGCAAUGACUCAGACUAAAGCUGAAACUCACAUAUUGGCUGAAAAAGAGGCAGAGAUGCACAGAGUAAUGGUUCCACAGAGCGAGACCUUGGCAGUACCUGGGGAAGUGGCCAAGAUGGGGGCCACGAACAAGACUGGAAUUGUGGAUGAAACCAAGACAAGAGCUCUGGAAGAGACUGUGAGUGUGGCUAAGACUCAGUCUGAGGCCAGACCUGGUUCCACAGUUGAUGCUAGGGGAAAUCCCAAUGGCAUGUCCAGGGAGGUGGCUGGAGUGGACAUGAAGUCCUGUGCACAGUCUCAGGCUGUGGCCAAGAUCCAGGGUGACGACAUGCCUGGUGCUAGGAUUGAGGACAUGGGGAACUGGAAAACCAUGUCCCGGGAAGAGUCUGGGGCAGACACGAGGGCUUCUUCUCAGCCUCAGAUUGUUGCCAAAACCCAGAUUGAGGCCAUUCCAGGGGCAAAGGUUGAUGCUGGGGGUAACACCAGUGCCAUGUGUAAGGUGGGGGCAGGGGCAGAUGUGAGAACUUGUAUACAACCUCAGACUGUGGCCAAGAAACAGGCUGAGGUGACGUCUGGUUCCAGGGCUGAUGGCAGGGGAAAUACCAAUGUCAUAUCUAAGGCAAUAACUGGAGCUGACAUGAGAGCUGCUGCUCAGCCUCAAGCUAUUGCCGGUCCUCAUGCUGAGGCCAUGUCUGAUGCCAAGGUUAAGGAGAGAGGCAAUCCCAAUGCCGUGACUAAAGCAGGGACCAGGACAAACUUGAGGGCCAAUUCCCAGGUUGAGGCCUUGCCUAAUGCCAGAGAUAAGAGCAGAGGCAAUCCCAGUGUUAUGGCUAAGAUGGGGGAUGGAGCAGACAUGUUGUCCUGUACACAGCCUCAGCUUGUGGCCAUUGUUCAGGCUAAUACCUUGUCUGAUGGCAGAAUUAAGGUCAAGGGCAAUGUCAAUAGCAUGCCCAAGGAAGGAUCUGGGAUGGAUAUGAAGGCUCAGUGUAUGGCCCAGAGCCAGGGUGAAGCCUUACCUAAUGCUAGAGGUAAGUCUAGGGCCAAAGCCAAAGCCAAGUGCAAGGCAGGGGCUGGGAUGGACAUGAAAACCUGUGCACAGCCUCAGGCUGGGGUCAAGACCCCAGCUGAGGCCUUGCCUGAUUCCAGGGUUGAUGGUAGGGGCAAUCUUAAUGCCAUUUCUAAAGCCGGAACUAAGGCAGACCAGAAGGCCUAUGGUCAGUCCCUGGUUGUGGCCAAUCCCCAGGGUGAGGGCUUGCCUGCUGCCAAGAAUAAAGCCAAGGGCAAUCCCCAUGCUGUGCCUAAGAUGGGGGCUGGGGAAGGUACAACAGACUCUGCCCAGCUUCAGGCAGUGGUCAGUUUCCAGGGUGACGCCUUGCUUGGUACCAAGACUAAAGUAAAGGAUAAUCCCAAUGCUGUGCUUAAGGCAGAGGUUGGGGCAGGUGCAAUGGGCACUGCUCAGCUUCAGAUUGUGGCCAGUUCUAAGGGUGAGGCCUUGUUUGAUUCCAAGAAUAAGGCCAAGGUCAAUUCCAAUGCUGUGUCUAAGGCGGGGGCUGGGACAGAUACAAUGGGCUCUGCCCAGCCUCAGAUUGUGGCCAAUUCCCAGAGUGAGGUCUUGCCUGGUGCCAAGAAUAAGGUCAGAGGCAAUCCCACUACCAUGCCUAGUUCAGGGGCUGCGCCAUAUAUAAUGGACUCUGCCCAGCCACAGGCUGUGGCUACUUCCCAGGAUGAGGUCUUGCCUAGUGCCAAAAAUAAGGUUAAGGCCAAUCUUCAUGCUCUGUCUAAGGCAGAGGCUGGGAUGGGUGCAACAGGCUCUGUCCAGUCCCAGGCUGUGGCUAAUUCCCAGGGUGAGACCUUACCUGGUGCCAAGAAUAAGGUCAGGGGAAAUUGGAACACUGUGUCUAAGGCAGGGGCUGGGAUGGAUACAACAGGCUCUGCCCAGCCUCAAGCUGUGGCCAAUUCCCAGGGUGAAGUCUUGCCUGGUGCCAAGAAUAAGGUCAAGGGCAAUCCCAAUGUUGUGUCUAAAGCAGGGGCCAGAGAAGAUAAAACGGGCUCUGUCCAGCCUCAGGUUGUGGCCAACUCCCAGCAUGAGACGUUUUCUGGUGCCAGGAAUAAGGUUAAGGGCAAUUCCAAUGCUAUUUCUAAGGCAGAGGCUGGGUCAGGCAUAAUGGGCUCUGUCCAGGUUGUGGCCAGUUCUCAUGGUAAGGUCUUGCCUGGGGCCAAAAAUAAGGUCAGGGGCAAUUCCAGUGCUGUGCCUAAGGCAGAGGCUGGGGCAGAUACAGUGGGCUCUGGCCAGCCCCAAGCUGUGGCUAAUACUCAGUGUGAGACCUUGCUUGGUGCCAGGAAUAAGGUCAAGGGCAAUACCAAAGCUGUGCCUAAAGCAGGGACUGGGGCAGGCACAAGGGACUCUGCCCAGCCUCAGAUUGUCGCCGGUUCCCAGGGUGAGACCUUGCCUACGGCAAGGGACAAGGCUAUGCCUAGUUCUGAGGCAGAAGCGACAGCAGAAGAUGAGGUCUAUGCAAAGCCUGAGGCUGAGGCCGUGCCCAUUUCUGAGAAUGAGGGUGGGUCAGGUGCUCAAGCCUGCAGAAAGACUCAGCCUGACAUCCAUGACUACUACUGGAAUGGGAUUGGUGUUGAAGAUUGGAUUGCUGCUGAGCGGUGGAUCAAAUUUAGGUUUCAGACCAUGGAUGGAGACUGGGAAAAUGGUGUGACCUGGGCUGAUGAUGAGAAUGAAGCCAGUACUGGGUCCUGGAGUGGGGCUAGUGAUAAGGCUGGGAUUAUUAGCUCUUGGGCUGUGGCUUGUGAUGAGGCCAGUGUUAAGUCCUGGGCUGGGGCCAGGGCUGAGAAUGAGGUUAGUAUUGGGACCUGGGUUAGAGCUGGGGAGCAGGCCAGUGGAGGGCUCUGGGUGGGGGGUCAGACUAGUGAGGGGACCUGGGCUGGGGACAAGGCCAGUGGAGGGGCUUGGACUGUGGCUGAGAACCAGGCCAGUGGGGGGGCUUGGGUUGUCACUGGGAAUCAGGCCUUUGGAGAAAUUUGGGCUGUGGGUCAGGCCAGUGAUGGGUCCUGGCCUGGGGGACAGGCCAGUGGGGUGUCCUGGCCCGGGGGACAGGCCAGUGGGGUGUCCUGGGUUGGGGAACAGGCCAUUGGAGGGUCCUGGACUGGGGCUGAGAACCAAGCCAGUGGAGGGUCUUGGGCUGUAGUUGGGGCUGGGAAUAUGAGUAGUGUUUCAUACUGGGCUGGGGUUGUGGAUCAGGCCAGUGGAGGGUCCUGGGCUGGGAUUAGCGAUCAAUCUGGUGGUGGGUCCAAGCCUAGAUUUGAGGAUCAAGCCAGUGGAGAAGGGUCCUGGGCUGGGGCUGGUGGCCAGGCUAGUGGAGGGUCAAGGUUGGGGCCUGAGGAACAGUCCAGUGGAAGGUCUUGGCCUGACACUGCAGACCAAGCCAGUGGAGGGUCUAGGCUGGGCCAUGUAGAUCAGACCAGUGGUGGGUCCUGGGUUGGGACACUUGAUCAUUCUGGUGGUGGGUCCAAGCCUAGAUUUGAAAAUCAGACCACUGAAAAAGGGUUGUGGGCUGGGGCUGGUGGCCAGGCUGGUGGCCAGGCUGGUGGAGGGUCCAAGUUGGGGCCUGAAGACCAGUGCAGUGGAAGGUCAUGGGCUAACUCUGGGGAUCAAAUCAGUGGAGGAUUCUUGGUUGGGGUUGUGGACCAGGCCAAUGGAGGGUCCUGGACUGGGGCUGGGCAUCUGGCUAGUGGUGGGCCAAAGCCUAUAUUUGAGGAUCAGGCCAGUGGCGGAGGGUCCUGGGCUAAUGCUGGGGACCAGGCUGUUGGAGAUCCUAGGCUGGGGCCCAGGGACCAGUCUAGUGGAGAUUCCUGGGCUGGCACUGGUGAUCAGGCCAGUGGGUGGUUCUGUGUUUGCCCUGGGAGCCAGAUGAAUGGAGGGUCUUGGGGUGCAGCUAGUGGCCAGGACGUUGGAGGGUCAAGGCCAGGGCCCACAAACCAGUCCAGUGCUGUGUCCUGGGAUAGCACUGGGAGUCAGGUCAGUGGAAGCUCCUGGACUGGAGUUAGGGCCGUGGAUCAGGCUGGUGGUUGUUCCAAACCUGGAUUUGAAGAUCAGGCCAUUGGAGGAGUGUUCUGGCCUGGUGCUGGGGACCAGGCUGGUGGAGGCUCCAGGCCAGGGUCUGAGGAUCAGUCCAGUGGAAGAGGUUCCUGGGGUAUGGCUGGUGGCCAGGUCCUUGGAGGAUCUAGGCCAGGGCCUGCAGACCAGUCCAGUGGUGGAUCCUGGGCUGGCACUGGGAAUCAGUCCAAUGGAAGGUCCUGGAUUGGGCCUGGGGAUCAGGCUGGUGAUUGUUCCAAGCCUGAAUUUGAGAACCAGGCUUGUGGAGGAGGCUCCUGGGCUGGUGCUGGGAGCCAAGCCAGUGGAGAAUCUUGGGCUGGAUCUAGGUCUGGGAAUGAGGCCACUGAAGGGUCUAAGAUGGGAUCUGAGGACCAGGCCAGUGGAGGAUCCUGGGCUAGAUCUGAGGACCAGGCCAGUGGAAGGUUCCAGGUCAGUGUUGAGGUAGAGGCCAAUGAAGGAUUCUGGUUUGGGCCUGGGGCUGAGGCUGUUAUAGGGUCUUGGUGCUGGACAGAGGAAAAGGUCAUUGUGUCCAGGCCUGAUGAUAAGGAUGAGGCCACUACUGAAUCCAGAUCAGGGGCUGGGGAAGAGGCCAUCAUUUGUUCUAGGAUUGAGGCUGAGAACAAGGCUAGUAGUGGCUCCUGGAUUAGAUCUGAGGAGGUGGCUUAUAUGGGCUCCAGUGUGGGGGCUGAGGCUGGGGCUGAGGCUGGGGCUAGGGCUGGGGCUGGGGCUGGGGCUGAGGCUGGGGCUGGGGCUGGGGCUGGGGCUGAGGCUGGGGCUGGGGCUGGGACUGGGGCUGGGACUGAGGCUGGGGCUGGGGCUUGGUCCUGGGAUGGAGAGAUAACCACUAUAGAGUCUAGGCUUGGGGCUAGGGAAGAGGUUGGUGUAGAGUCCUGGACCUUGGCUCAGGAUGUGGAUGAGGAUGAUCUAAGUAGAGAGUCCAGCCCCGAUAUUGAGGAGAUCAGUUUAAGGUCUUUAUUUUGGGCUGAGAGUGAGAACAGUAAUAAGUUCAGAUCUAAGAGUGAGAAAGAUGUCAAUUUUGAGUCUGGAGCUGGGGAUAACACCAGGAUCAAGGAUAAGUUUGAGGCUGCGGGUGGAGUUGAUAUAGAGUCUUGGUUCUGUGACGGUAAUGAAAACACAAGUGAGGACAAAUCUGCACCUAAGGGUAAAGGCAAUAAGUCACCUGAGUCAAGAGGCACAUAUCCGUCCAUGGUCCCCGGGGCAGGAAUGGGGUUAUGGGAUGGAACCAUGAUCUGGUCGGAAACUAAGUUUCCACACCACAGUGAGGCCAGCUUCCCCGUUGAAGAUGAGUCCAAAAAGCAAACCAAGACUGGGGAAAAAACUCGGUCCUGGUCUUGCCACUGUAAACGUGAAGCUAAUAUGGAUCCACAAGACUUUGAAAAACUCAUUUGCAUGAUUGAGAUGACUGAAGAUCCUUCUGUUCAUGAAAUAGCCAAUAAUGCUUUAUAUAACAGUGCUGAUUAUCCUUAUUCCCGUGAAGUUGUCCGUAAUGUAGGUGGAAUCUCAGUUAUUGAAAGCUUGCUCAAUAACCCCUACCCCAGUGUUAGGCAGAAGGCUUUAAAUGCACUGAAUAAUAUCUCAGUGGCUGCUGAAAACCAUAGGCAGGUUAAAACUUACUUAAACCAAGUAUGUGAAGACACUGUCACCUAUCCCUUGAAUUCAAAUGUGCAGUUGGCUGGUCUAAGAUUGAUAAGGCAUUUAACUAUUACCAGUGAAUAUCAGCACAUGGUUACAAAUUAUAUUUCAGAAUUUCUUCGUUUGUUAACUGUGGGAAGUGGAGAAACUAAAGACCAUGUUUUGGGAAUGCUUUUGAAUUUCUCUAAAAAUCCAUCUAUGACAAAAGACUUGCUCAUUGCCAAUGCACCGACAUCACUGAUUAACAUUUUUAGCAAGAAGGAGACAAAAGAGAACAUUCUUAAUGCUCUUUCACUAUUUGAAAAUAUAAAUUACCAUUUUAAAAGAAGAGCAAAAGCAUUUACCCAGGACAAGUUCAGUGAAAAUUCCCUUUAUUUCCUAUUCCAACGACCUAAAGCAUGUGCCAAGAAACUUCGAGCCUUAGCAGCAGAAUGCAAUGACCCUGAGGUAAAAGAGAGAGUUGAGCUAUUAAUAAGUAAACUCUGAUUGGCUGUAUGUUCCCAAACAAAUUUGAGUAAUAUUUUGGUUUUGCACUCUGGAAGUAAUGCACAUUGUAAACUGCAUUAUAACUUCGAAACUGAUGUUACCUAUGAUGGUCUAUAGCUGGACCAUUUUGUGAACACCAAAUGAACUCAAACUUGUACUGAAAAUACAUAUGUUGAUUUUUAUCUUGUCUGGAUUGAGAUAUUUUUAGUAUGCUUCAUGAGCAGAAACUGAACGGAUUCUUCAUGAGUAAGAUAACCUUUGGUCCUUUGUGUGGACUUUUGUUUAUACAUUUAAGAUUUUAUUUUUAUGUCAUCAAUAAAGUUGUGUGUUUUAAGCAGCAGAAAAAAG